CCGGUUUGCUCUCCGACUUGCCUUUCCACCGGAGCGGCUGGUGUGAGCAGAUACCAGAGGAGCGAACACCACGUAUAAAAUAGGCUAAAAAAGACAUAACGAUGCCCCCCAAAAAGCCAGAAGCACCCAAACAGCCUCCAAUUAUCGGACGGUUCGGAACCUCUCUGAAAAUUGGAAUUGUGGGAUUACCCAAUGUUGGGAAGUCCACCUUUUUCAACGUGCUGACCAAAAGCCUGGCUGCUGCAGAGAACUUUCCUUUCUGCACAAUCGACCCAAAUGAGAGCAGGGUGCCUGUUCCAGAUGAGCGCUAUGACUUCCUCUGCCAGUACCACAAACCACUUAGCAAGGUUCCAGCUUUUCUCAACGUUACGGACAUUGCUGGUCUGGUGAAGGGAGCUCACGAAGGACAGGGACUUGGAAACGCCUUCCUCUCCCACAUCGGUGCCUGUGAUGGCAUCUUCCACAUGACUCGUGCGUUUGAUGAUGAGGAUAUUAUCCACGUGGAAGGUAACGUUGACCCAGUGAGGGACAUCGAGAUCAUCCACGAGGAGCUGCGACUAAAGGACGUGGAAAUGAUCGCUCCGGUUCUCGACAAGCUGGAGAAAACUGCUGUCAGAGGAAAUGACAAAAAACUCAAACCUGAAUAUGAUAUCAUGUUGAAGGUGAAGAACUGGGUAGAGGAGGAAAAGAAACACAUCAGGUUUUACCCCGAGUGGAACGAGAAGGAGAUUGAUGUGUUGAACAAAUAUCUGUUCCUGACAUCCAAGCCCAUGAUCUACCUGGUUAACCUCUCAGAGAAGGAUUACAUCAGAAAGAAGAACAAGUGGCUGGUGAAAAUCAAGGAGUGGGUAGACGCUCAUGACCCCGGCGCGUUGGUCAUCCCUGUGAGUGGAGCUCUGGAGUGUAAACUGCAGGAUAUGGAGUCUGACGAGGAGAGGAACAAGUACUGCGAGGAAUUGAAGACGCAGAGUGUCAUGACCAAAAUAAUCAAGACGGGCUACGCAGCGCUGCAGCUGGAGUACUUCUUCACAGCGGGACCAGAUGAGGUGCGAGCGUGGACCAUCAGGAAAGGGACCAAGGCUCCUCAAGCUGCCGGAAAGAUCCACACUGACUUUGAGAAAGGCUUCAUCAUGGCGGAGGUGAUGAAGUACAUUGACUUCAAAGAGGAAGGCAGUGAAGUUGCAGCUAAGUCUGCUGGAAAAUACCGGCAACUGGGCAGGACCUACACGGUGGAGGACGGCGACAUUAUCUUCUUCAAAUUCAACACACCCAGUGCACCUAAGAAGAAACCAUGAGCAAACACAAACACCAGAGGGAGAGCUCAGAGCACGGUUCAGUCUGACCCCAAAGAGCCACGCUGUCUGAUGGGUUUCAUUCUUUACUUGAAUUCAGAGGAUCAACUCAGGACCUCCAAUAAUUUGUAGUAAUAUUUGGAGAACAUUUUCAAACUACAAUGAUUUAUAAUUGAACUGAAAAAUACAGAAUUCAAUGCUUUUACUUUUGGAUAAUUUAAGCCACACUUCUCAAAGACUCUUAUUUUGAAAUGUAUCUUUAAGAACACAUUUUAUUCAUUAGAGCAAUAACAGUGUGUCCUACUGUUAUUACCUUCAUAAUAAACAUGCUGAUUAAUUGGCAAAAACUCUCAUAUCAUAACCAUAAUCAUGAUAAACACUUUUUUACAAACAUAUGUGCUUUAUCUAUAAAGCACAUAUGAAGCUUCUUAAUUUUUAAAAGAAAUGUUUCAACUGUGUACUGAUAAGGAUAACGUACAACACGUGUUGUUAGCCAAAGAUACCUAUUCUGGAUUAAGUAAAGGCCAUCAGGAAUGAGUUUUGGAAAUGUUUCCCUAGAAUUUAAGAGACAUUAAUUAUUUCCUCAGUUGCUUAUGCUUUUCACAAUAAAGUCAUAAUUAUGCUUAGAUGAUUAUCCCAAUAUGCUGAAAUAUACACAGGUUGUAAUGCUUUUGACCGGUGCUUUGACUAUAACAGAGAAUGAAAGCCAUCACCCAGUGUUGCUCUUCAGGACAGUACUGUAUUGUAUUCUGAGGGGAGUAGUAUUGUUAUUUUGGAAAAAGCAAAGCAGGCAUCCCUGACAGAGUGGGAUGGGACACCUGAAUGGAGACUGAUGUUAUACUCACUGCUUUUAUUAUUGACUUUGGUUUGGGGUAGUUAAAAUGUACUCCACGCUGUGUUAAAGCUUUAAUGUAAAUCAGCUACAAGUUUGCUUUGUGGAUCACCUGGACUUUACAGCUUCAUAAUGCCUCUUUUUUCACUUCACUGCCUCCUCAGUGUGGAUGUCUUUAUUUUCAAGAGCACCAUACAAUUAUAAACAUCUUGUGGACGAUAACAAAAUAAUAUGAACAUCAGGAAGCCAGGAUAAAAUAAAUCCCAUCUUCAUCAAAAUGCAUGUGUCAAUAAAAAUGAGACAAACCUGCCA